UGUCAAAUGAUUGAGUGAUUUCACACGUAACCCAUCAUGUCAACCCUUUUUAUAUUAGGCACAGUAUAUUCAUUCAGACUUUAAAAGCCACACACUCCCUUAUCGCGCCUAUCUAAUCCCCUUACUUAUCAUUAUACAUACAUAGUCCGAAUGUCGUUUACCGGUCAUAGCCCGAAGGAUGAGACACCAACUCUAGUUAUGGAAGAUGAUAAACCAACUCACCACGCCCACGGCAUAAUACCGCAGUUUAUGACGGAGCCUCGCACUCCAGAGGAAACGGCCAAGCCCCUCGGGUUCCAACUUCACAAAUUACCCAACCAUCCUACUCGCUUUCCUGGACACAAACUGGGCUCUUUACCGAACAAACCAACUUUGCAAGAGUACGAGGAAUUUGCCAGCGAAAGUACCUUCAAAAAGGCCACUCGAAAAGUAGCCGAUGCUCCUCUGGUACCGCUUGGAGUUGCCGGGUUUUUUGGGGCAGCUGCCUUCGGCAUAUACCGGUUUCGCAAGGCCCCCGCUCACGUUUCGGCCUCCUCUUACUUUGUUCAGUUGCGGGUGGUGGCGCAGAGUAUAGCAGUCGGCGCUAUUUCUGCCCUGGCUAUGUACCAAUUCUACAAAAAUCUGGCCUUGGAAUCUCAAUCUUCCGAUCCAGUAAAAGAGGCCGAAAGAGAGGGGAAAUCUUUUCUUCUCACUAUUCCCGAUACCCAUCACAAAACGACUCUAGUGGACAUAAAAGGGCGAGAUGAAAUCAAACCAGGCUCUACACUUAGCAAGGAUUGAGGGAUCUUUAAAAUAAUCGAAGAAAUAAAUUGACGUAAAUUCACAAGCAUCUAAACUAUUUUUAUCCUAUACAGAUUUUAGAUAUUUGAUUUCAUUUGAUUAUUUUCUUAAAAUAUGAUCACAAAAAAUAUGGAACACGCUGAUUAACCAAAGUUAUAAAUAUUAUUUGGUACUUAUUAUUUUAAACCUAUAAAAAAGUAUUUUUUUAGAUAAUCAUGUGGAUUUUCAUUUAUAAAUUUUAGAAUAUUUUGAACACGGAUAAAUUUAUAUCUAUAUUUUUAUUAUAAAUUUCUGUUGUUAAAUCAAUCUAUUAUUUUAUUCUUUAUUAGACGGUGAUAUUUAU